AUGGCCGUGAGCUCAGGGCAGACGGCGCGGGAGACGGAGCUUCCUCGACCGCUUCAGCUCCGUCCCUUCACAAGCCCUAGAGGGACCCAAAUUCGUCCAUACGCCCAUCGGCGCGUCCCCGCUGAAGGCACCUGCGUGCGCCGUGGGACCCGCAGCGACAGCGCCUGGGAGGCCGAGCGUCCCUCAUCCUCCCCCUCUCGCGGAGCAGCCGGGCUGGGUGGAAAAGGGCGUACCUGUACAGUAGAAACACUACAGAAGAGACUGCAGUCUCUUCCAAACUCCACGUGCAGUGAUGUCACUCAGGUCAUUGAAAUCAACCACCAUGGAAAAUAUGACCUGGUCUCAGCCUACGAGGUUGACCACAGGGGAGAUUAUGUGUCCCAUGAGAUCAUGCACCAUCAGCGGCGGCGAAGGGCGGUGGCCCAGCUAGCAGUUGAUUCUCUUCACCUUUGGCUGAAGGGCUUCAGGCACAACUUCCAGAUGGAUUUGAAAGCUUCCAGCAACCUGGUGGCUCCUGGAUUUAUCGUGCAGACUUUGGGAAAGGGUGGUACUAAGUCCGUGCAGACUUUCUCUCCAGAGGACUUCUGUUUUUACCAAGGCUCCUUACGAUACCACAGAAAUUCCUCGGUGGCCCUUUCCACCUGCCAAGGUUUGUCAGGCAUGAUACGAACAGAAGAAGCAGAUUACUUCUUAAAGCCACUCCCUUCCCACCUCGCAGGGACAGUCAACAGCUCUGCUUCCCAUGUGCUGUACAAGAGAUCUGUGGGACCCCUGCCUGCCAGGGCCAACGAGGUCAUGGUGACCGCCAGGAAGCGGGAGCUGCCCGGCCAACCCCUGCACGGUGGCAGCUUCCACCUUGGCCUCCCACAAAAGCAGCAUUUCUGUGGAAGACGCAAGAAAU